AUUGCGUACGUUUUUAUGAGGACUUCUCCCCGAUUCGACAAUCUUCCCGAUAUCAACAUUACGGAACAGUGCGAAACACAAUCUGGAUGUCAUGUUGAACAAUAUUGAUCUUGUAUCCGAUCUCGCGAUCUUAGGUAUUUGGCAAUUGCAGUUGUACCAAUUGCCUUGAUGAUAAUGGUUGAAUUCUCGCGAGAACCUCAGAGAGCCGUUCUACAGCAGCAUGUCUUUACUUCGUCUACUUUCGUCCGCCACCGGAUGGCUUUCUGAGAACGAUAGUUCCCAGAGCCCACCGCCAGGAAACAGGAAUUACUCAUCAGCAGACACCAAUAUGAGCAUACCUCUGCCCAAGUUCGAUGAUUUGCCGUUGAGAAAAGGAGACCCCAAAUGCUCUGCAUGGAGUUUAUGGGGAAAAGAUGAUGAAUUGGGGACAUUGAACCUCAUCACCGAGGAUGUCACGAAAGCUGCCGCAUCAGAAGUUAAAUUAGGCAAGGCAGUUAAUCUAAACCUUCCGUUGAAUGUUCCCUUGAAACCAAUGAAUCCGCAAAGAAAGCCCUGCGUGCAUACUUUAAUUCCAAAAGGGCAUGCCAAUGAUGAUGAACUCUAUUUUAAUACGCAAAGCUCAAGCCAUUGGGAUGGGCUGCGACAUUACCCCUAUUCCGACACAAAACAGUUUUACAACGGCGUGGCUCAGGACGACAUAUCUGGGAUAAAUAAGUGUGAUAAAAUUGGCAUUCACAAUAUUGCAACACAUCCAAUCGUCACACGAGGCGUCUUAGUCGAUUGGUAUUCGUAUGUUGUGAAAAAUAAUCUCCCACAUAAGCCUUUUACAAAUCAACAUAUUCCUCUGAAGCAACUUCUGGAAGUUGUCCGAGAAGAAAACAUCACUUUUCGAAAAGGGGAUGCUCUAUUAAUCAGAACCGGCUGGACGGAUGCAUACAACAAAUUAUCGGAAGAAGAGAAAGAAAACCUCGGUGGCAGAGAUGAUCGAGCAUCUAUCGGAAUUGAGGCUACGGAGGAAUCUAUUCGCUGGCACUGGGAUCAGAAAUUUUCUGCUGUGGCUAGUGACACAGUAGCCUAUGAGGCAUGGCCGUCUCCUAAACCUUGGGGUGUCUCUAUGCAUGAGGUCUUUCUCAGUGGCUGGGGAAUGCCAAUUGGAGAGUGCUGGGACCUGGAAGAACUCAGUGCAACAUGCGCAAAACUUGGCCGUUGGACAUUUAUGUUGACCAGUCAACCUUUGUAUCUCCCUGGUGGCGUUGCUAGUCCCGCUAAUGCUACUGGUAUAUUUUAA